AUGGCUUCUCAGAAUGCCGUGAUAUUCCACACUCCAUACUUGGGAGGAAAUGUUCCUGCUAAAUCUCGCGGUCAAGUAUGGGUUUAUUACGGCGUCGAACCGCCACCUAUAAGUCAUAAUUUGAAGAGAUGGCAGCGGGUGUUCAAUUGGACAAUUAAUUACCGUCGAGACUCCGACAUAUUGUCUCGGUAUGGCUCAUUCGAGAGCAAACAUUUAAACUCUAGAAACAGAAAUGCAACUGAUAUAGGUGAACUGUCCAUUCGAAAAAAUAUGACCGCAGCCUGGUUCGUCGGUAAUUGUAAUACACACGGAAGGCGGGAGACAUAUGUGAAAGUACUGCAGAAACACAUGGAUGUAAGCAUUUAUGGCCGAUGUGGAAAUCUGAGGUGUAAAGAAAAGGGGCGAGCGGCUAAUUGGGGUGAAAACUGCCUACAUAAUGUAGAGAAGGAUACACGCUACUACCUGUCCUUUGAAAACUCUCUUUGUCGCGAUUAUAUGACAGAAAGCUUUUAA